GACAUGGACGCCGCCUUGGAGCCGCAGAGCGCGCGCGCCGACUGCGCCGAGAACGAUGACAUAUUCGAGUGCUACAACAUCCAGCUGUCCAAACCCGAGUCGCGCACCAUCGUGGGCUCCUACAUGCAACGCACCAUCCCGAUACGCAGCGCGUCUUUCUCGCAAGUGGACUUCUCCCCGGCCGACGGCAAGUACAUUCGCAGCAGCGGACGCACGAGCCCGUACUCCGCCUUCACUACCGUGUCGAACGUCAGGGGGGGCUUGCCGCUGUCGGCCAACUCGUCCAUCGCCGGAGGGUCGUUGACGCUGCCCCGCCGCCGCCUGCCUGACAUCUCUGCGUCGCCCUCCGUCAGCCCGUCGUCCUCGACGAUGGUGAGCGCUGAAGAGCCGACCGGCUCCACGCCCUCCGUCGACUCCGCGGUGGGGUCGGACGAAGGCUUCGUGGCUGGCGAGUUGCCGCAGAUGCCGCUGGCGAAAGCGAGCGCGGGCGCGGAGCCGUCGGGCCCGGCGGGCGAGGGCGCGCACAAGGUGCCUGGCGCGCGCUCGCUCACCUACCCGCUGCCGCGCCGCGGCUCCCGCUCCGACGAAGACAUCCCCUUCUCCUCCAUCGACGGCAACGGACUCAAGAGCCUCUCGUACGCCGCCGCCGCGGCAGCUGUCAGCGGCACCGUGCGCGAGCUGCCGGAAGUCAUCGAAGAGUGCGAGGCGUCGGUGGCGGAAGAGGACGUUCAAGUGGAGGAGCUGCAAGUCGUAUCUUCCGCCGACGCCGAAGACUCCUCCGCCCAUCCUGACCAACCACGCUUCUACCUCGGGGACGACCCGGAGCAAGAGGAGCCCCCGAAGUGCGAGUGCGCGCAGGAAGCGGUUACACAAGCGGACAGUGACGUGGGCGACGCGGGGGCGCGGGAGACAGGGGAGAGCGCGCUGUCGCAGUCGGAGCCGAGCGCGGACGAGGCGCAGUGCAGCGACGCUGGCACCGCGCCCCGCUUGCGCAAGGGGCCUUCCAGCGACGAGGAGCCGCUGCUCAGCGAGCAGAUCGACAGCGACGGGUGGGUGGUGUCGGAGCGCUCGCCCAAGGACCACGACCACGCGCCCCGCCCGAGCAGUGCGCGAGUGUCGCCGGAGAGGGACUCGAGUGCGGACAACGACACGGACCACGACGUGUUCGUGGUGCGGUGGCCGGCGCAGGCGCCAUCUAGUCAAGCGGGCGAGCCCGAGCGCGCGCCGGCGGAGGCGGCGUCCUCGGACGCGGAGGC